CAUUGGCUCUCUCUUUUACUGAGAAAUCUAUCUAGUCAUUUCCUGUGCAAGCCCUUCUUCACUUUGCAAAAAGCUAUACAGUUGAGUAAAUAAUAACAGUCAGUGGUUAUUUCUUCUCACAGGCAGCCUGGAUUCUCUCAUGGACCACCACCAACCAGAAGUUCAACGCUGCACCAUCAAAAGAAAGCUAAUAUGAGCGUGGUCUUCUCUGCAGAAGAAGAGGGCUCUCACCCAUGGAUGUAAAUAAUUUUGGGUCUGCUUUCAUGCUUAUUAACACUUAUUUGACGUGGUUUCUACGGAGAGAUUAUUUAACCUCUGAAGGAUCAGUUGGGAUUCCGCGUCAGAUCAGUUCUUGGGUGGAGCUUGCAGCAACUUGGGGUAAGUGCUGUGCUCUUCCUCUUUUGACAGCAGGGCUUUUUUUGUGCUGCACUACUCAAAAUGGCUUGGUAGUCGCAGAAAAAGUCGCAGAAGGAAACAACUCAGCUCCUGGGUAGAGAAGUGAAAGUUGAGCUGACAGAGUGAGCUGUCUGUUUCCUAGGAAAACACAAAGUGGAUGUAUAUAUUACAGGGUCUUUUUUUUUUCAAGAACCAUCUUGCUCUUGCUUUUAAACCAGACAUUCUGUCUGUAAAAGACUGACAAUAAAUAACUCUCUUGAGCGCUGUGGAGAAAUGGAAACUGCAGCUGAGAAAUGAUUUGGGGGAAAGGAAGACAGAAAACCACAAGCAAACUAUUAUGGAAGUACAAAUAGCCCUCUGAAGGAUUGGCAAAUGUACCAGCUAUGGAGUCUGGCUGUAGUCCCAGCAAGGGAGAUUUCUCUUCAGAGAAAAUCUGUUAACCAUUUGGAGGGAGUACAUGCGAAUAAGACGGAGUUAUUAAGCUCUGGUUCAGGUUGAAUCUCCCCGUGGGGAACGUCAGGUGAUCUGCAAGACCGUCUCUGCUAGAAAUGGAUAACUUCACAAACGGGCAGCCAGGCCCAGGUCAGCGGAACAGGUUGAUGGGAUUGCUAGAAACGGAUGACAGUAUCCCUGAAGAUAAACCUACAUCGAGUAAAAAGGAAGAAAGAUCAGGGCUACAUGGAAAGAAAGGAGAGCCGCAGCCCUUGGAGACACCUUAUCAGAAAGAAAGCAGUGACUUCCCUCCUAAAGUCAUGAUUAACCUGAACUAUCGGCCUGGACUUGUCAGCAACCAGAAGGACCCCAAUCGCUUUGACAGAGACAGGCUUUUCAGCGCAGUCUCGAGGGGCAGCCCCGAGGCACUGAACGGCUUACUUGAGUACUUGAGGAGGACCUCAAAAUUUCUCACCAAUUCUGAAUACACAGAUGCAAAGACCGGGAAGACCUGCUUAAUGAAAGCCCUGCUGAAUUUAAAAAAUGGAAAAAAUGACACAAUCCCGCUGUUGCUGGAAAUAGACCAAAAGACACAGAAUCCCAGGCCACUCGUCAAUGUGGCAUGCUCUGACUGUUACUACAGAGGCCAGACAGCACUCCAUAUUGCCAUAGAGAAAAGGAGCCUGGACUUAGUGAAACUUCUAGUAGAGAAUGGAGCUGAUGUCCAUGCCAGAGCCCAUGGCGAAUUCUUCAGGAAGAAGAAAGAGGGAGUUUGCUUUUAUUUUGGUGAACUUCCCCUCUCCUUGGCUGCUUGUACCAACCAGCUUGAGGUGGUGGAAUAUCUUCUAAACAACCCUCACCAAAAAGCCAGGCUCCCGGAGCAAGAUACGCAGGGCAAUACAGUCCUGCAUGCCCUGGUGAUGAUUGCAGAUGACACUGAGGAGAACACCAAGUUUGUGAGCACAGUAUACGUUGAGAUCUUGAAGGCAGGUGUGAAGGUUGACCCAACAUGGAAACUGGAGGAGAUAGUGAAUUAUGACGGAUUAAAUCCUCUGCAGCUUGCUGCCAAGACAGGCAAAGUGGAGAUCUUCAAACACAUCAUCCAAAGAGAGAUCAAAGACCCAGUGUACAGGCACCUGUCACGCAAGUUCACCGAAUGGACAUACGGGCCCAUCCACGUCUCGCUCUAUGACUUGUCCUCUCUAGACAGCUUUGAGGAAAACUCUGUGCUGGAGAUUCUGGCAUACAGCAGUGACACGCCGAAUCGGUACAAGAUGGUGGUUUUGGAGCCACUGAAUAAAUUGCUUCAGCAAAAGUGGGAAACUUUUGCUUCCAAGAGAUUCUACUUCAGUUUUAUCUCAUACUUGUCAUUCAUGAUCAUAUUUACAGCCAUUGCCUACUAUCAGCCCUUACGGGUAAAGCCUUCAUUUCCAGUGGAGUUCACGGCUGGAGGCUUCCUGUGGGUCUCUGGACUGAUCAUUAUCUUGCUAGGAGGCAUUUAUCUAAUUUUUGCUCAGAGUCUGUACCUGCGGAGGAGACGCCAGUCCCUGAAGACUAUGUGUUCUGACAGCUGUAUUGAGAUCUUGAUCUUCAUCCAGGCUUUCUCAUUGCUGUUGUCAGCGGUCCUGUACGGAGCAAGUUCAGAAAACUACGUGGCGGUGAUGGUGUUCUCUCUGCUUUUGGGAUGGGUGAACAUGCUGUAUUACACUCGGGGCUUUCAGCGCACUGGGAUUUACAGUGUCAUGAUACAGAAGACUAUCCUGAGAGAUCUGCUGCGUUUCCUCUUGGUUUAUAUGAUCUUCCUCUUUGGCUUUGCUGCAGCUCUGGUUACCCUGAUGGGGGAUGCUCCUUCACUGUCUCAGAACAAGUCUGUUGCUCAGAUGGAGAAUGCUGGAAGCCAUGCUAUGUACGGGGGGCUGCUCAGCGUCUCCCUGGAGCUCUUCAAGAUCACCAUUGGGAUGGGUGACCUGGAUUUCCAGGAACAUGCCAGAUUCAGAUACUUCGUCAUGCUUCUGCUGCUGCUUUUCGUGAUCCUCACUUACGUUCUUUUGCUCAACAUGCUGAUUGCGCUCAUGAGUGAGACUGUCACUGAUAUUUCUGGUGAUAGCAAAAGUGUCUGGAAGCUGCAGAGGGCUAUUGCUAUUCUGGAAAUAGAGAAGGCCUGGUUGUGGCGCCAAGGUGGGAAGAGGAGAUCUGGCUGCUUUAUGUCAGUGGGCCUCAAUAAGAAAGAUGAGAGAUGGUGCUUCAGAGUAGAGGAAAUUAAAUGGACAAAUUGGGCAAAGGAGGUGGGAGUUCUUAAGGAGGACCCUGGAAACACCAGUGAUUCAGAAAUAAAUCCAGAAGAGACAAGAUCAAGGAAACAGGUGCCACAGAAACAACUGAGAUCAGCUGGUUCAGAGGAGCAGUCACUACUGCAGCCCCAGCUAUCAGCAACUGAGAUGAUGCCUCUAGAGGGACAAACCAGAAAUCUUUAGCGUCUUCAAAGGAGUAGUUCUUCCUAUAGCAGCUUGAAGAAUUGAAGGCAUUGUCAGUAUUAAAGUGCAUUUCACCGAAGACUGUGGUUCAGCCUGUGGCUUUAAGUGUUUUCAUGCACUUUAAUUAUGAAUUUCCUCUGAAGAAGCCAUUUUAUCUCAGCCUUCUCUGCCUGACACUUUCUUAUUACUAUGUCUAAAGGUGCAAGAGCAAGAUCAUAGUGGCAGUGGGGAGUGGCCUUGGGGAGGGCAGUGCUUGGUCAGCUGCAUAGAAAUAAUGCUGUUUGCCAUAAAGAAGUGAAGGAUGGAGUUGACCUGUCUAAGAAUGGGUUAACUUAUCCUUUUGUCACAAGAGACUGCACUGAAGUGCUUUGGAAUAAAGAGUAUUUUAGAGGCAUAAAGAGUUGCCAAAGACGUAGCUGAUUUCUCUGCAAAACACUACUGGUGUGAGAUGUGAAAUAUGCUAGCUUCAGUCAUCAAGAGCCAUACUAAAUCUUUGUCUUAGUACCUACUAAAAGUCUUUGUCUUAGUGUCUGCAGAGCUGGGUGUUUAGACCACAUCAGAUUUCCCGUUUUAUGGUAUGGUAACGAAAGCAUUUGCACAAUGUGCACAUCGCUAAAAAACACAGAAGUGAUGUGAAUCUUCUGGACCUGUAACCUCAUAAGAUGAAUUUCUGAAACAUCUGCCCUUAAGAGAUUGCUUUGUCUCUGUAGAAAACAGCAGUAGAAUCCUGCACAUCACUUCUGGGGGGGGGGGGGGGGCGGCCAAAAUGCUUCAUGUGGUUAACAUUUCCUGUCAGUCUUAGUGGGUUUCUUACCUUGCUGUAAAUGGCUACAAGAACUUAAUUGUUUCACACCACUUCAUGGUGGGAAACAUCUUAAACUCUGAAGAGGAGAAAAAAAAAAUGAAACUGUCUCACUUCCAGCCUAUAUUUAAAAAUAACGUAGUAUUCCUGUAAACUAUCAGUAUAGCAAGUUUACUUAAUUGGAAGUGUUCAUCCUUGGAUGUAUUCUCAGAGCCUCAGCCUCUUCCAAAAAGAAACAGAAGAUGUGAUCAGAGUGGACUAUUAGGUGUUACCAAAUUCCUGAUGAUAUUUCACCCACUACUGUGGUAACCUCGCUGCCGUGCAAGUUAACUCUU